AUGUCGUCGUUGAGCAGAGAAUUGGUUUUCCUUAUACUACAGUUCCUGGAGGAGGAGAAAUUCAAGGAGUCUGUUCACAAACUUGAGCAAGAAUCAGGGUUUUUCUUUAACAUGAAGUACUUUGAGGAAAAAGUCCAUGCUGGUGAAUGGGAGGAAGUUGAGAAGUACCUGUCUGGUUUUACAAAAGUUGACGACAACAGAUACUCCAUGAAGAUAUUUUUUGAGAUAAGAAAGCAGAAGUAUCUAGAAGCUCUUGACCGGCAAGACAAGGCAAAGGCAGUUGAGAUACUGGUGAAUGACUUGAAAGUUUUCUCGACAUUUAAUGAGGAUCUAUACAAAGAAAUUACUCAGCUGUUAACACUUGGCAAUUUCAGGGAAAAUGAGCAGCUUUCCAAAUAUGGUGACACUAAAACAGCUCGCAGCAUAAUGUUGAUAGAGCUCAAAAAGUUAAUUGAAGCAAAUCCGCUUUUCCGUGAAAAACUUGUUUUCCCUACUUUGAAGUCAUCUAGGUUGAGGACCCUUAUUAAUCAAAGUCUGAAUUGGCAGCACCAGCUCUGUAAGAAUCCAAGGCCAAACCCAGACAUUAAAACCUUAUUCACUGACCAUACAUGCAAUCCUCCAAAUGGGAGUCUUGCGCCAACACCUGUCAAUCUACCUGCUGCUGCAGUUGCAAAGCCUACUGCUUAUAUGUCAAUCGGAGCACAUGGGCCUUUUCAACCAACAGCGGCAGCCAAUGCUAAUGCUUUAGCUGGUUGGAUGACUAAUGCAACCGCUUCUUCAUCUGUUCAAGCAGCCGUCGUUACAGCUUCGUCCUUACCUGUUCAACCAAAUCAAGUUUCAAUGUUGAAGCGCCCAAUCACACCUCCAGCUACGCUUGGCAUGGUUGACUAUCAGAAUGCUGAUCAUGAGCAAUUGAUGAAACGAUUGCGGCCUGCACAAUCUGUUGAGGAGGUUUCAUAUCCUACAGUACGUCAACAAGUGUCUUGGUCCCUUGAUGACUUGCCGAGAACUGUAGCUUUCACGCUUCAUCAAGGAUCCACUGUCACAAGCCUGGACUUUCAUCCGUCGCAGCAUACCCUGCUCCUUGCUGGUUGUCAUAAUGGUGAAAUAACACUUUGGGAGGUUGGGAUGCGUGAAAAGUUGGUCUCAAAGCCAUUCAAGAUCUGGGAUAGGCAAAUGUGUACCACUAGUUUUCAGGCUUCUGCUGCCAAAGAUGCACCAUUUUCUGUAAGCCGUGUUACAUGGAGCCCAGAUGGAACAUUUUGUGGAGCUGCAUUUUCCAAGCAUUUAAUACAUCUGUAUGCCUAUGCUGGACCAAAUGAUUUACGCCAGCAUCUAGAGAUUGAUGCCCACACUGGAGGAGUCAAUGACAUUGCCUUUGCUCAUCCAAACAAGCAGCUGUGUGUUGUAACUUGUGGGGAUGACAAGUUAAUAAAGGUGUGGGAUCUUACUGGAAGAAAACUAUUCACCUUUGAAGGGCAUGAAGCACCAGUUUAUUCUAUAUGUCCUCAUCAGAAAGAGAAUAUUCAGUUUGUAUUCUCAACUGCUAUUGAUGGGAAAAUUAAAGCUUGGCUUUAUGACAAUAUGGGAUCAAGAGUUGAUUACGAUGCUCCUGGGCAUUGGUGUACCACCAUGCUAUAUAGUGCAGAUGGUAGCAGGUUGUUCUCUUGUGGAACAGGCAAAGAGGGGGAUUCAUUCCUAGUGGAGUGGAAUGAAAGUGAAGGGGCAAUAAAGAGGACAUAUAAUGGGUUUAGAAAGAAAUCAGUUGGUGUUGUGCAGUUUGAUACUACUCAGAAUCACUUUUUGGCUGUAGGUGAAGAUAGCCAAAUAAAGUUUUGGGAUAUGGAUAAUGUCAACAUGCUUACAAGUAUAGAUGCAGAGGGUGGUCUUCCAAAUCUUCCUCGCGUGAGAUUUAACAAGGAGGGGAAUCUCUUCGCUGUUACCUCAGCAGACAAUGGAGUAAAGAUACUAGCAAAUGCUGCUGGAAUGAGAUCCUUAAGGACAGUUGAAGCCCCUUCUUUUGAAGCAUUAAGAUCUCCCAUGGAAGCAGCGGCAAUGAAGGUUUCUGGGUCCUCUGUUGCAAAUGUUGCUCCUGUGAAUUGUAAAGUGGAAAGAAGCUCUCCUGUCAGGCCAUCUGCCAUCCAUAAUGGUGUUGAUUCCAUGGCUAGAAGCAUGGAAAAGACGAGAACAUUGGAUGAUGUUACAGAUAAAUCAAAGCCUUGGCAGUUGACUGAAAUUUUAGAUCCUGUUCAUUGCCGAAUGGUGAACAUGCCGGAUAGCACAGAUUCUGGUCACAAGGUUGCACGGUUACUAUAUACAAAUUCUGGUGUUGGCAUUUUGGCACUUGGAUCUAAUGGAAUCCAGAAGUUGUGGAAGUGGGCUCGCAAUGAGCAAAAUCUAGGUGGAAAGGCCACUGCCAAUGCCGUUCCUCAACUUUGGCAACCAACCAGUGGUCUUCUUAUGACCAAUGAUGUCUCAGGUGUCAACCUUGAGGAAGCAGUUCCGUGCAUUGCUCUUUCAAAGAAUGACUCUUAUGUAAUGUCCGCUGCUGGUGGAAAGGUUUCAUUGUUCAACAUGAUGACAUUUAAGGUGAUGACAACAUUUAUGCCACCUCCACCAGCUUCUACCUUCUUGGCGUUCCAUCCACAAGAUAACAACAUUAUAGCAAUUGGUAUGGAGGAUUCCACAAUCCACAUAUUUAACGUCAGGGUGGAUGAGGUGAAAUCAAAGCUGAAAGGUCACCAGAAGCGUAUUUCUGGUUUAGCAUUUUCCACCAACCUUAGCAUAUUGGUGUCAUCUGGUGCAGAUGCUCAACUGUACAUUUGGAGCAUCGACACAUGGGAGAAAAGAAAGUCAGUUCCUAUACAAUUGCCUCCUGGUAAAGCACCUAAUGGUGACACUCGAGUGCAGUUCCAUUCAGAUCAAGUUCGUCUGCUAGUUUCCCACGAGACUCAGCUAGCUAUAUAUGAUGCCUCGAAGAUGGAGCGUAUACGUCAGUGGGUCCCGCAAGAUCCCCUUUCUGCUCCUAUAUCAUGUGCAGUAUACUCCUGUAACAGUCAACUAGUUUAUGCUUCCUUUAGCGAUGGUAAUGUUGGAGUCUUUGAUGCUGAUACCCUCAGAUUAAGAUGCCGUGUUGCCCCAUCUGCAUAUUUAUCCCAGGCAGUAUUGAACGGAAGCCAAGUUAUCCACCCAGUCGUGGUUGCAGCACACCCACUGGACCCCAAUCAAUUUGCUGUUGGGUUGACGGAUGGGUCUGUUAAAGUAAUAGAACCCUCGGAAUCUGAAGGCAAGUGGGGAUCAAGCCCUCCGGCUGAUAAUGGGAUGCUAACUGGUAGGGCCUCUUCAUCGUCGACUGCUGGCAACCUUGCACCUGAUCAGAUCCAAAGAUGA